AAGAAGUAGUAAGUGCUGUUUCUAAUUACUAAUUCAUUAUUAUUUUAUGUACUUUGGUCGAGUCCAAAUACUAUGAGUAUAAAUCUGUCAAAGUUUCCACAUACAGCCAAAGUUUGGACAGCCGAGCAACGUAUACAUUAUUUUCCUUGGAAAAAUAUAUUUUCGUUAUCUUUCCAGCUUUAGCAAAUCCGUUACUGAAGACGUUAAAACCCAAGUCAUAAUACAAGGCUAUAUGCAUAACUGUAUACAAAUCUUUUCAUGCAUCUACCUCUUCGCUAAUUCAACAUCAUUAUACAAAAUCAUCCAUAUGCAAGAUGACCAAUUCUUUCUUAAUCCAUCAUCAUAUUUUCCUUACUCAUCAAUCUCCAUAUACGAACUUGAUCGAAUAUUCACAGUUCGCGGUAUACAGAUAAAGAGAAGAUUUCCUUAUCAAUCGAUCGUAAUGAUAACCGGAGAAUUAACGAAACUAGAAAAGAGGAAAAAGACUGAAGCCAAGACCGAGUACUAUGAGGGAAUGCCCCGUGUUGAUCGUCGGAGGUGGGAGUGAUCGCGGCCUCCGGCACAUCGGAAAACUACGUGAUGGAUCAGUCUGUGUUCGACGCACCCGUGACAUUCAUCGAGCCGUGUCGAUCUCUCGAUCGUCACUAGAAGAAAUCACACGAUAGGGAAAUCAACAUCGUCGGACCCUGCUACAUGUUUGCUAUGUCGUGGAACCGGAUACUGCCACAGCUGAUACUGGUGCUGCAUGGAUUCCUGGUCGUCCUUGUUGCUGGAAAAUCCAUUCCACAAGUGAUCGACAAGGACGUGGGCAGAUACGAAUCCUCGGAGGGCAAUAAUCAUCAUCCUGUUAGGGUUCCAUUCAAGCUGGAAGAAACUUAUGAUCAAAGUUUUCGGGCGAACGUCUUCAAUGCUACUUGGGAAACAGACACGGAAAUCCUUUAUUCCGAUAAUUAUAUUGGUAAUAUUCGCGUAUUCGACGUGACCAAGGGAACCACUUGGGUCCUUUUGGAUUCUUCCGUGAUGGCCGAUUACGAGAAGCCUUCCAUAAGCUUUUCCUUCGAUAAUUCUUUCGUUGCGAUUAGUCAUGACUAUGCAAACGGUUUCCGGUACUCACUGUAUCAAAGGUGCGACGUAUACAACACUAAAACCAGAACGUAUACGAGAAUUGCGAAUGGCGAUCGCAUACCUCUGUUCAAGUGGUCGCCCACGAGGAACGCUUUGAUUUAUGUUCACGAGAACGAUAUCUAUUACCAAGAGUUCUCCGAGGGGGGCAGUCAUAUUCGAAGAAUAACGAACACGGGUGUGCUCGACACCGUUUAUAACGGAGUACCUGAUUGGGUUUACGAAGAGGAAGUAUUAGCUUCUGCUUCGGCUCUCUGGUUUUCUCCCGAUGGACGACAGCUUGCUUUUGCUACUUUCAAUGAUACGAACGUGAAAGAUAUCGAAAUACCAAGGUAUGGAUCUCCAGGAAACAUGAAAGAUCAAUACCCGAAGGAAAUAAAAAUCAAAUAUCCAAAGGCAGGCAGUCCAAAUCCAAUCGUAUCAAUGAGCGUCGUUGAUUUGGAUAAUUGGUCGUCUGAAAUACUCAAUCUUGAGCCGCCCACUGAUAUUGUUGGCACAGACUGCGUCCUCUACACCGUGAGCUGGAGGACCAAUCACCAAGUUACUGUCACCUGGACGAACCGUGUGCAGAAUAAAGCUCAGAUAGUUCUCUACGACUUAAGGGGUAACAACAGUAAUAUUUACUACGAGGAGGAAAACGAGGGCUGGCUUCGCAUUCUACCUCUCGUCUUUCACGAUGAAUAUGUUAUCAUUGUGAAGCUUCAGGAUUCUGGAACACCGGCUGGACGGUUCCAACAUGCGACUAGGUUCGAGUACAAGGAUGGGAAGCUGAUUGGCGAAAGGGAUUUGACCCCAGGAGCUAAGGAAGUUAUCUCCAUCCUAGCGGUGGAUCACGCCAGGAAGAGACUUUAUUAUUUGGGCAAUGAGCUCGAUGAACCUUCGCAUAGAAAUGUGUACUCGGUGCAGUUGGAUGGCAAUGAAGCACCUGUUUGUUUGUCCUGUAACGUCUUUUCUCCUGAGGGAAAUCGCUGCACUUAUGCCUACGCGUACUUUUCUACCGAUAGCUCGAACUAUGUCCUGUCUUGCUCUGGUCCGGAUCCAUUGUUCAUCACGAUUAUGAACGCCAAUCAUAAACGUAUUUAUAAUUGGGAGGAAAAUCGAUCACUGAGACAAAAACUGGCAACCCGUACGCAGCCUAUCUUUAGAAAUUUCUAUGUCACUGCUAAUGGAUACAAGAAUAAAGUUAAACUUUCUCUGCCGCCUGAUUUUGACGAGAAGAAAUCGUACCCUUUAUUAAUCAACGUUUACGCAGGUCCAAACACUGUUAGGGUCACCAAUGAAGCAUCGUUUGGUUUCGAAUCGUACAUAGUGACCAACAGGAGCGUAAUUUAUGGUCGCAUCGAUGGUCGUGGGUCAGCUUAUAAAGGUAGCAAGAUGUUGUUCGAAAUUUAUCGGCGACUUGGCACCGUGGAAAUCGAGGAUCAAAUUGCUGUUACUAGGAUACUGCAAGAGACAUAUUCGUGGAUCGAUCCAAACAGAACCGCGAUAUGGGGUUGGAGUUAUGGCGGCUUCUCUACUGCCAUGGUGCUGGCUACUGACAAGGCCUCGGUGUUCAAAUGCGGUAUAUCAGUCGCACCUGUGACCUCCUGGAUUUAUUACGAUUCCUUGUACACGGAACGGUUCAUGGGGUUGCCUACUCCCGCGGAUAAUCUAUACGGUUACAACCACACGGAUGUGGCCAGAAGGGUAGAAGGAAUUCGUGGCAAAAAAUACAUGCUGAUACACGGUACCGGCGAUGACAAUGUGCAUUACCAACAAUCUAUGGCUCUGAACAAAGCUCUGGUGGAUAAGGACAUCAUGUUCGAGCAGCAGAGCUACACGGACGAAGCACAUGCUCUAUCUGGCGUCUUCCCUCACCUUUACCACACGAUGGACCGAUUUUGGGCAAAUUGUCUGGGAUACUCGCAUACUCACUGACCCAAAUCCAAAAUUCUAAAUCACACGUACAGAGUAUAGCUAGUUCAGCUACCUGUUUGACUUUCAUCAACGAUACAUCGUGGUCUGUUGUUGUUUUAAUGGCGUGGAUCGAAUUUUGUGAAUAUUCUUUGAGCGAUUUACGAGUUUUGUCGUUCGUUAAUACAUUCGCUGUUACUGGCGUAUAUACCACGUCGAUGUGAUUAUUUACGUAAUACUAUUUAUACAACUUUUACUUCUUGAUAAAAUGGCUUCAAAAAUUGUAAGAAGCAGUACAGAGAGCGUUGGAAUAGUUGUUAUCCCUUAAAGUAAAGAAAGUUAAGUGAAAAGGAUGUGCAGUUCCAAAGAUGGCAGCGAAUGUGUUAAGUUACAGUGAUCUCGUGAAUUGUUUCCUGGGGAAUGAUCGACGAAGAUCUAGAUCUUCUGAAAAUUUGUUCGAGUUCGAAGGGUAACAGACGUAAUGUAAUUUGAAAGCAAAUAAGGCAAAGUUGUGGGUGGAGAAAAUGAAAAUUUUUGUUAUCUUCGAAGACUAUACAAGUGUCAGGAUUAUUCUUUAAUACAAUUCCAAAGGAAAAGAAGAAACUGUGACAAGAAAAUGAGAAUUUUCAACGCGUACGAAGAGUGCCAUACUAAUGUCAGGAUUAUUCUUUAAUAUAAUUCGGAAGGGAAAUUUGGUUAAAGGAGAGAGGCGUGGAUGAAAAGAGGUGUUGGGAUCGGUUUCAGAGAUUCGUAGACGUGUUCACACGCGUGUUCUCCCUUGGCACAGACGCGAUGCAAAUACUUCAAAGGCAACGACGUCGUGGGUGAAUCGAUACUUAAGGAUGCUCGAUACGUUUCCGUGAUAGUCAAGUAAGUGGAAAAUGGAUCGCGAGGAAGAUGGAAUGAGUGAAUUUCUCGUUUUGAUCUUUUUUUGUUUUGUUUCUUAUCGUAAGAUCUUAUUCGAUUUAUCAUUGGAUAAUCAUCCUCUGAGAGAAAGCUGUAUAAACUUGUUAAAACGAUUGUUAAUAAACCACCGAUAUUUUCUUCGAAACAA